AUGACUUAUCUAAUAGGCGACCGCCGCAUCUCGCUCAGCGGGCCCCCGCUCUCCGCCGAGGAGCAGCGGGUCGUGCGCGCCCACCCGCGCCUCUUCCAGGCGUGCCUCAACGCCUCGGCCCACCGGUACUUGCUCAGCAGCAAGCAAAUCGUGCACUUGUACACGGACAUCGUGACCAUCUACAGCACGCUCCUCCUGAAGAUCGCGCACUACGACGACGUGCGGGCCAUGGCCGCCAAAACACGCGCGGCGCUCGCGCGCUUGGAAACGGACCUCGGCUCGGUGUUGGGGCGCCCGGUGCACGGGCCGGGCGUGGGCUGGGAACUGCUUCCCUACGAGGCCGUGGUCAAGAAAGGCGCGCUCGUGGUGCUCCAGGCGUGCGGCGCCGCGUUCGCCGCCGUGCACCGCACGCUCUGCUGCAUCGACGUGUUCUUCGGCGCGUUCGACAACUUGAAGAAGCUCCUCGUGCCGUGUCUCGCCACGCACACGCGCAUGGUGCAGAAGCUGUUGGGCGGCGCGGCGGGCUUGUUGCGCCUCCAGACCAUCGUGGACCAGAUCGGCAUGUUGCCGGAGCUCACGCCCAGCGUGGCCAAGCAGUUGCAGAAGAUCGCCGCCAUCACGGGCGGGCUCGAGCGCGAGGCCCGCCUCCUCGACAUGGUGUUUGCCGCGGUCAACCCGUCCUUGCUGCUGUACACGGCCGUGCUCUUGGGCCGCGCCAUCUUGAAGCGCGACGUGGCGGCCCGCAGCUGCCAGAUCGUGGCGCGCCGCGACGUGUGCUACCAGGCCGCGGAGCACGUGGUCAGCAUCCCGCUCUCGGGCUCGCCGGCCCCGUCGCUGUACAUGUACGAGUCCACGCGCCACGUGCUCUACUUCUUCUCGGCCGUGCUCGUGGUGGUGCUUGCCGUGCUCUUCCGCCUCUACAACGUGGUGUUCGGGUGA